AUGUCGAGCAAGUACAGUGCCGCGCUCAAGCGCGAGGCCGCGGGAGGCCAGAAGCGCUCUGCUGCAGAUGACCAAGAUACCAAGAUUCGGCGGAAUAAGCAGCGGGUGCUCCUGCUACCAUCGCGCGGUAUUACGACACGCAUGCGGCACCUCGUGAACGACAUUGAAGCCCUGCUGCCUCACUCCAAAAAGGAUUCGAAGCUUGACUCGAAGUCGGAUCUCUCCGUAUUGAAUGAGCUGUCGGAGCUGAACAACUGCAAUAACUGCAUGUACUUUGAAGCUCGUCGGCACGAGGACUUGUACCUGUGGCUGUCCAAGACGCCGAACGGACCAUCGGCCAAGCUGCAAGUGCAAAAUAUUCAUACGAUGGACGAGUUGAAGAUGACAGGCAACUGCCUUAAAGGAUCGCGGCAUAUUUUGAGCUUCGAUAAGGGAUUUGAUGCAGCGCCACACUGGCAGCUCAUGCGUGAGAUGCUGACGCAAAUGUUUGCUGUGCCGCGCACGGCUCGCCGUGCCAAGCCGUUCAUUGAUCAUGUGCUGUCCUUUAGUAUUCUGGACGGCAAGAUCUGGUUCCGCAACUACCAAAUCAUUGAGAAGGAUCCGGGUGCGGUGGCCGCCGCCGAGGCCGAAGGCACGGAUCCGAAAAAGGCACAGACGGAGCCUAUGCUGGUCGAGAUUGGGCCGCGUAUGGUCAUGACGCCGAUUCGUAUCUUUGAGGGAAGCUUCGGCGGCCCGACGCUCUUCGACAAUCCCGAGUUUAUUUCGCCGAACGCCAUUCGUCACGCGAUGCGUCGCAGCAAGGGCGAAAGCUACAAGACCCGGACGAUGCAGUCCGAGAACUUGCGCGUGAAGCGCGACAAGUACAAGGGUUCGGAGAGCGAGCUGAGUCGUGCCAAUGUAUUUGCAUAG